AUGGCCUCUCGUCCAGAAUUUAAACUAGACAAAGGUGAUGAGAACGGAUUUCUCGUCUUUUACCGUGGCCUUGUCAACAAAGACAAAAAAGAGUCUGAGGAGGGCUCAGAUUCAAAAGUUAUACGCAUUUUUGAACGUGGAGACGAUUACUCGGCACACUACAAAGAUGCCAUCUACAUUGCAGAAAAUGUCUAUCGCACUAUUUCAGUCGUCAAGUACCUUGGAAAUUCUUCCUUUGAAGAAUUCGACAAGGGCUUGCCGUCCGUUUCCAUGUCCGCCACUGUGUUUCAAAACUUUCUAAAGGACGCGCUCUUCAAUCAAGGUCUCAAAAUCGAAAUCUACGCUGCCGCUGCAGGAAGUUCAAACCGUUGGAGCGUCGUCAAGCAAGCCUCGCCAGGAAACCUACUUGAAGUCGAGGAGCUCCUAGGCAACCAGAUUGACCAAAAGCCUAUUGUCAUUGCCCUUAAGGUUCAAGCAAAAAAAAUCGAUACAAUUGGUGGAACCAUUGGUGGGGGCGGAAACGGUGCUGCUAACGGUGGGUCUGCUCCAACUGCUGGAUCAUCAGGGGGGUCUGCCACCGGCAGAGCUGUAGGAAUCUGCUUUAUUGACUGCACUGCCAGAGAAAUCGGUGUUUUUGAGUUUUUCGACAAUGAUCUCUAUUCCAAUCUCGAGUCUGUUCUUAUCCAGCUCGGCGUCAAAGAGUGCGUCUUACCUGCAUUUAACAGUACCCCCUCAGCAGGAUCUUCACUUUCACCUGAAGCAUUAGAUCUUACUAAAGUCACGGAGCUUUUGGACCGAUGUGACAUUGCCAUCACUCCGCGCAAGUCUUCCGACUUUAAUACCAGAGAUAUUGAGCAGGACUUAGGCAAACUACUCUCUCAAACUUCCAUCCCUAUUUCUGCUCUCCCAGCUCUUAACUCAGCCUGUGCCAUGAGUGCCACCGCAGCCCUCAUUAAGUACCUAGAGCUUAUGUCCCAACCAGAAAUGUUUGGUCACUUUUCUAUUGUCCAGCACGACCUGUCACAGUACAUGCGCCUGGAUGCAUCAGCCAUAAAAGCCCUUAACCUAAUGCCUGGCCCUCGCGAUGGCACCACUUCUUCUUCUGGCACAGGCCCCAAUGCCUCCAAGUCUAUGUCUCUAUUUGGACUUUUGAACCGAUGCAAAACAGCUGCAGGUACACGACUCCUUGGACAGUGGCUCAAACAGCCGCUCAUGGAUAUCGAAGAAAUCCAAUCUCGUCAUACUCUAGUCGAGGCCUUUGUUAAUGACACAGUUCUGCGGCAAACCUUGCAAAGUGAGUGUCUAAACGCUAUUCCAGAUAUUUCACGACUUGUCCGCAAGUUACAGCGCAACGCUGCGUCUCUCGAAGACGUCGUACGCAUCUACCAAAUGGUGAUUCGCUUGCCAAACUUGAUUACUGCUCUUGACGAGUACGAGGAAUUGGAAGGUUCUGAUUUAAAAGCCAAAGCUAUCAUCACUGAACUUUACACGAGCCGCAUCAAAAGCUGCUACCAAAACCUCGAAAAACUCCAGGAGCUGGUUGAAACAACAGUUGACUUGGAGGCCCUGGACAACCACGAAUUUAUUAUCAAGCCUGAUUUUGACGAUCGUUUAAAGGAAAUCCGUGAUAGACUGGCCGAGCUGCGAGAACAAAUUGAUGACGAACACAUUCGUGCAAGUGACGACCUUAACGUAGACCGCGAAAAGAAAUUAAAACUUGAAAACCACCACGUUUUCGGGUGGUGUUUCCGACUAACCCGCACUGAUGCGUCCUGCCUGAGAUCUCACUCUGGUUACAUUGAGCUGUCGACCCAAAAAGCUGGCGUCUAUUUUACCUCCCGAUCAUUAAAGUCUCUCAGUCAAGAGUUCAACGACUUGUCCAACGAAUACAACAAAACCCAAUCUGGCCUGGUCCGCGAGGUUGUUGGCAUUGUAGCCACAUAUUCUCCUGUGCUUGAAGCCCUGUCACUUGUCCUGGCCCAUCUCGAUGUCAUUGUAAGUUUUGCACAAGCUGCUGUGUUUGCGCCCAUCCCCUACGUGCGCCCCAAGAUGCACCCGCGUGGUUCCGGGCGCACUAUUCUUAAAGAGGCACGUCACCCGUGUCUUGAAGCUCAAGAUGAUAUGCGAUUUAUUCCCAACGAUGUGACACUUGUACGUGACGAAAGUGAAUUUCUCAUUAUUACAGGGCCCAACAUGGGUGGUAAAAGUACCUACAUUCGCCAGAUUGGCGUCAUUGCGCUUAUGGCGCAGGUCGGAAGCUUUGUUCCUUGCGCAGAGGGCGGUGCCGAACUGACUGUUUUCGAUAGCAUUCUUGCACGAGUGGGUGCUGGCGACUCACAGCUCAAGGGCGUGUCGACCUUUAUGGCAGAAAUGCUUGAAACUGCAACUAUUCUUAAAAGUGCAACGCGUGAUAGUUUGAUUGUGAUUGACGAGCUGGGUCGUGGUACAAGCACAUAUGACGGGUUUGGUUUAGCUUGGGCCAUUUCCGAACACAUUGUACGUGAGAUUGGGUGCUUUGGAAUGUUUGCAACACAUUUCCAAGAACUUACAGGGCUCGCAAAUAUGUACCCAAAAAGCGUGUGCAAUUUGCACGUGGUGGCUCAUGUUCGAGAAGUGGAAACAAGACUGGCCAUGGAAACUUCACAUAGCGCAGCGCCAGGGACUACCCAAGGCCAAGACAGCGAUGUAUUUAGUAGUCCAAGUAUCACGCUGUUGUACAAGGUGGAGCCUGGAGUAAGCGAUCAGUCGUUUGGUAUUCAUGUGGCCGAGGUGGUCAAGUUCCCGCCCAAGGUUAUUCGCAUGGCUAAACGCAAGGCUUUAGAGCUUGAAGAUUUUGAGCGCGAGGAUGAUGGGACUGAGGAAGGCGCCAAAAUGACGAAGCAAAUUAAGGCCAAGUUUUCUAACCAGGAGAUUCAUGAUGGGUCAGAGUUGCUGCGUGGAGUUCUUAAAGAGUGGGCCAAGGCAGUGGGGCCUUUGGAAGAAAGUUCUGGGGAUAAUUUGACCAGUAAGGAAAUUUUAGCCAAGCUGAAUGAAGUUCUUAACAAGAAUGAUUUUAAGGGAAAAAUGGAUACGAAUCCGUAUGUCAACUCGCUUAUGGCUCAAUUAUAA